AAAGAUCUAACAGAAGUUAUGGAAUUUGAGACAAGGGAGGGUGUGAAGGCAAUUGGAAGUUUCGAGGAGAUGAUAACAAAAGACGAUUUACUUCGCGGGAUCUACCAAUAUGGUUUCGAGAAACCGUCGGCGAUUCAACAACGUGCCAUUGUGCCUAUCAUUCAGGGUCGUGACGUCAUCGCUCAGGCUCAAUCUGGAACCGGAAAGACCUCCAUGAUUGCCCUAACUGUUUGCCAUGUUGUUGACACAUCCGUCAAUGAGGUGCAGGCUUUAAUUGUUUCUCCAACUAGGGAGCUUGCCUCUCAAACUGAAAAGAAUAUAUUGGCUAUCGGGGAUUACAUAAAUAUACGAUCCCAUGCUUGCAUUGGAGGCAAAAGUAUGGGAGAAGACAUAAGGAAACUUGAACACGGAGUUCAUGUAGUGUCUGGAACUCCUGGUCGAGUAUGUGACAUGAUCAAAAGGAGAACAUUGCCCACAAGAGCUAUCAAGUUGCUAUUUUUGGACGAAUCUGAUGAAAUGCUGAGCAGAGGGUUUAAAGAUCAAAUUUAUGAUUUGUACAGAUAUCUCCCACCUGAUCUUCAGGUUGUCUUGAUUUCUGCUACUUUACCUCAUGAUGUACUGGAGAUGACAAAUAAGUUCAUGGAUGAUCCUGUGAGGGUCCUUGUAAAACGUGACGAGUUGACAUUGGAGCGCAUCAAGCAAUAUUUUGUUGAGGUUGAGAGGGAGGAAUGGAAGUUUGAUACUCUGUGUGAUCUUUAUGACACACUUACUAUAUCUCAAGCUGUUAUAUUCUGCAACACCAAGCAAAAGGUGGACUGGUUAUCCAAACAAAUGUAUAACAAUAAUUUCACCGUGUCAUCAAUGCAUGGUGACAUGCCUCAGAGAGAAAGAGAUGCAAUAAUGAAGGAAUUUCGUGCUGGAACAACUCGUUUAUUAAUAACAACAGAUGUUUGGGCUCGUGGCCUUGAUGUACAGCAGGUUUGUACGGUUAUCAAUUAUGACCUUCCAAAUAAUCGAGAGUUGUAUAUUCAUAGGAUUGGCCGUUCGGGACGUUUUGGACGAAAGGGCGUUGCAUUAAAUUUUGUCAAAAGUCAUGAAGUCACCAUCAUGAGAGAUAUUGAACAAUACUAUAGUACUCAGAUUGAGGAACUGCCAAUGAAUGUUGCUGAUGUUUUGUAA